CCUGGACCCAAACUGAACUCACACAAACGCCUUGCGCUCUCACACCAUCCACACUCUCAUCCUCUCACUACCACGUACAUACAUUUCUUCCCCUUUCCUAUUACUUAUAUACGGCCGAGACACACAUACUCUCUCUCUUUUCAGCUCUCGCUCCUGCCACCACUUGAUCAUCCCAACCCUACGUCUCCAACCCAAUCAACCGGCCGCCCUCACCGCCCGCCAACGCGCGGGUUGAGUCAGUCAGGCCGCUUCUCAACCCUGCGCUUCUCUCGCAACUGGCAUGCCCUGAGAGCAUGGAUGUAGCCGUCCGCACUCCAUCUGCCGCACUGCAUCAACCUCCCCGUGCGCUGCCAUCCUCGACGCCGAAUCGUCUCAACACGCUCGCACGCCCGUCUGCGCCAAUGCCGUCGCAGUCGAGCGCCCACUUCUCGUCCUCGUCGCAGCAGUCGUCGCUGCGAAACUCAAACUCCACCGACGCCACGUCGUCCUCCACCCUCUUCGGCCAUGUGCCGCCGAUGCCCACCUCCACGCCUUCGAACGGCGUUGGCCCGGUCGUCGCUAGCAACAAUGUGCUGAACAAGCGCGGCGACGAGAGCCAGUCCCUCUUCCAGAUCUGUGUCAACACUCGACAGCGACUGCGCGCCAUUCCCGAGUGCGAAGAAGCGUUGCAACAGGAGGAGGAGGAUGCUCAGGAGCAUAACGAGGACGCCGACCCCGUCACCCUUCUCUGGCGGACUCUGCGUCAAGGUUUCCCUCUCAUGGCUCUAUACAACGCCUUCAACCCCGAGCAGCCCCUCACCGUAGACCCGAAUAAGCUCACCAAGCGCGAUCGCGCCGCCAGCAUGAAGUUCCUGACUGCCUGCAUCCGGGAGCUCAACUUCCCCAUGACCGAGAUGUUCACCGUCUCCGAGUUGUACGGUGAGGACACCACCGGCUUCGUCAAGGUCGUCCGCGUAGUCAACCGUGUGCUCGACAUGCUCGUUCAACAAGGCUGCAUCCCUGACACCUCAGAGGCAGCAGCCAGCGCCGACGACGCAGCCGCUACCGCCGCUCAAGCCGUCAAGAAGGCCAAGACGCGACGCCAACACAUCGUCGAUGAGCUCGUGUCCACUGAGCGUACCUACGUCCAGCACCUCGAGAUGUUGCAGGCUUUCAAGGAGCUUGUCGAGACGCGCCAGAUUGUCUCUGGCGACACCAUCCACGACAUUUUCCUCAACCUUAACGCGCUGCUGGACUUCCAACGCAGGUUCCUGAUCCGCGUAGAGCAGACGUACGCUCUGCCCGAGGAGCAACAAAAUUGGGGAGCCCUCUUCACCCUGUAUCGCGACGCGUUCACCGUGUACGAGCCGUACAUUGCCAACACGCGCAAGUGCGAGCAGGUCGCCCUGCGCGAGUUCGACAAGCUCAAAGAGACUGGUGGCCCUCCCGAGCUGCGCUCCAUGGUCGAAUCCCCUACGGUUUUCUCCGCGUUCCUUCUCAAGCCAUUCCAGCGCCUUUCGAAGUACCCACUCUUGCUUCGUGAGUUGCGCGACAAGGGCGACCUGAGCGACGAGAAGCGCGAGGAUAUUACUCGCGGCAUCGAAGCCGCUUCCGCAGUCCUAGAUCGCACUAAUGAAGCCGUCCACAUGGAGGAGCGCAACGCGGCCACGCAGGAACUACGCGAGCGUGUCGAGGACUGGAAAGGCCAUCGCCUCGACAGUUUCGGCGAACUUCUCCAGUAUGGCACGUAUCAAGUCAUCAAGGGUGGCUCCUCUAGUGGUAAGGACGAGGAACGCGAGUACAAAAUCUAUCUAUUCCAGAUGAUCUUGCUGUGCUGCAAGGAAAUGAACACGAAGAAAGAGAAGAACAAGAACAAGCAGGCUACCGAUCGAAAAGGACGCACGAAACUGCAGCUCAAGGGCCGGAUUUUUAUGCAGAACGUUACAGACACGAUCUGUCAAAGCAAACCAGGAUACUACGCCUGCCAGAUCUUCUGGAAGGGCGAUCCAGGCAUUGAAUUCUUCACCAUCAAGUUCCCAACCGAGGAGACGAUGCGCAAGUGGGCUUCUAUCGUCGACACGCAGAGACUUAUGUGGGCCGAAUCCCAGAUGACUCCUCGCAGCAGCACGCUCUCACGAUCGACGACUCAAGUAUCGGACAGGGAGUUCAACUGGAUCCGAGAACAGAAUCUUGAAAAUCCAUACGCAGAACAGGACGACGAUGACGACGACGCAGACGCCACCACGCUCGUCAAUUCGGUCUAUGGAUCAGGCAGCGUGGCAGGAGGCUCCAGCUCCAGCCUUGGCACCCGCUCAAGAACGAACACCUUGGACAGCGCCAUGGGACGAGUACCCCCAAGACAAUUCCCAAUGGGCAACCAAACCCCAGCUCUACAGGUGCGCACUAAUCCGGCCAUGCUGCAAAACAUGACCACGCACUCCCCCGGCCCCGACGUCAUGGAGUCAUACUUCUCGCCAACAUCCGAAUCUCCUGUCUCAACCAGAAGCAGCGGCCAGUUGAGCAUGCACUCUGGCAUGUACCCGUUUCCUCGUCAGCCCGUGCCUGCCAUGCCCAACGGUUACGAGGACAGCAACAACCGCUUCACAGCGCCCGCCAUGCCGCGCCAAGCGUCCCGCGACGGCUCUCUGAACGGCUACCAGGCCCGCGGCGCCCAGCGUCCUUCGCUGCCACCCAGCAUGAACUCUGCACAGAACGCACGGAUGCGUUCAGCCAGCAGUCCAGACAUUCAGAAUCCGAUCGGUGUGCGCAGGCUGCCUGAUCCGUCGCAGCCGGGCGUACCAGACAUGCCCGCAUUCCCGGCACAUUAUGCAUACCAGCCAGGCAUUGGUCGCCAGAACUCGGGCUCGCCCGCAUCCAUGGCAUCGAUGCACCAAGGUUUGCCUAUGCGACCGAACACACAGUCCCCGAGUGUGCAGCAGCAGCGCGAACGCAUGGCCACUUCUCAGCGCUCUGGUGGCAGCCAGGACUACCCGUAUGUGGCCAACGCACAGCAGCCAGUGCCUCCGCACCUGACGCGUGGCAUGUCGCAAGUCGAUCGCAUAGGUACUCCAGGCUCUAUUGACGCACGCAUGAUGGAGCGCCAGCAGCAGCGCACGCACACGCCUCCUAUGCCCGUCCAGGGCCUACCUGCGACACCACACCCACAGCCCACGCAGCUGAAGGUCAAAGUCGCGUAUGCAGCGGGAAGCUUCACCACAACGCUGGUCGUACCCAUAACGAUCAGUUACCAGACGCUCAAGGACCGUAUUGACGCCAAACUGUCUCGCACAAGCAACGUCAGUCUUGCAUCGGGACAAGUUAAGCUAAAGUACUUGGAUGACGGCGACUACAUCUCCAUCCAAAACGAUGAGGACGUGCAAGUGGCGUUUGAGAUAUGGCGUGAGCAAAUUGGCUCAGGGCAGCCCAUGGCUGAGGUACAGUUGUUCGUCCAGUGAUGGAUCAACUUCAACUCUUUUUUCCAUCUCCCGCGAGAAGAAUAGGAGCAGCUUUGGGAAAAGUCGAGUCGGUGACUGGUGCAGACUACCUUCUAGGCUCUGCUGGAUCGAUGAGAAAAUACGUUGUCUGCCCCGUAUCAGAAAAAGAGCAGUCAACACGGCCAUGCAUACACCAAUGCCAAGCACAUUCCCGCUCGUCGCGUUCUUUUCUGGAUUAUCCUAUAUGAGCUAGCGCGCCUCUCUACUAAAGGCAGAGGGCAGGCCAAGAGUGUCGAACAGAAAUCGAGUACAAAAACUUGCACCCUUUGCGCGACUGGCUAUGGUUUGGAUAAUCCGCAACGGAGACUCCGGGAUAAAUUUUUUUCUCUCCUUUUUUUCCUACUUUCGAUACCCCCAAUACACUACCUGGAGCCUGCAAAGACACCGUCCAACAAGCAUUAGCAUCAGUAUCACCGGGGAACAAAAAGGGAAACACCGCAUCAUUCACCGGGCGUUUAUUUUGCUUUCUCACCCCUUUUUAGUCCUGCAGGGAUGGAUGAGAUGGACGAUGAAGAAAGGAAUCGGCGUUUGGAUUUUCUACCUCAUGCUUUUUCUUCAAGACGUCUGCCACAUUCGCUUUAAAUUUUUACCGUGGAUCGGGCGCCUAGAUGCGCAUCUACCUUCGUUAGCAGGGACAUGUUCCCCACCUCUUUUCCCCCCUCUUUUUUCCAUUCAAUUCUCUGCUUCUUUCCGUGUUGGAGAUGGAGUAGAUGAGUUGGCGUUGCGAUAUGGGAACUUUUUUGGUUUCCAGGCGUGGGUUUUUGUCUUCUUGUUUUUACCCGGCGUGAUUCCCUUGUUUUCUUUUUUCCUCGUGGAAGAACAUCAGCGGGAGAGCGGAGAAUGAAGGCUGCGGAGGGCAAGCGGGCAUUGACGCACAGAAGCAGUUGAAAACGUGUGUUUUCUUGUUCCCGCGAGCGAUGCGGCUCAUUUUUCAUAAUGACGAUGACGAUAGCACGACCACCACACAAUUUGUAGCGAGAAGGAUUAUUGAUGGGAGAGGACUGAUUCCUGCAGCGUGCCUGCUUCAUGCAAUGAGAACAGUGGCCUAAUCCGUCGAACGGAAUAUACACACAUCUUCAUGCGCAUGCAAGGGAAGUCUCGGAAGAUCAAACGCGUGCAACAUUACGUGUAGAAUGCUAGGACAUAUAGCUUGAUAUGGGCCUUUUUUCAAGGCGCUGAUGGCGCCAUUCAAGUGGAUAGUAUGCUACGAGUGAGACAUAAAUAAGGAAGUUUUGGCCAGUUAUUGAAGAGCCUUUUUCAC